GGCCCACCAGGAGCGAAGCCCGCCACCGGUUGCCAGCCUGCGAUCGGCAUACCGCCAAACACGCAUCGGAAAUUCAGACAUUGGGGAUUUCCAUGCCUUUGCAAGGAUCUCGGCUGAAGCCUGAAAGCCAUCUUGGUCCCUCUGAAGCAAAAUGGCCGACAAGCGCUGAUUGAUGAUCACGGGGUCUGGUACUUUAUCUUGCACAGACACACACCUACACACUCACGCCUUUCCUGCCACGAGCGCAACCCCAGGGAAAGAUGGCAGAAGCGCAGGAAACGCAGCUGAUCACGCUCAGCGAGCUGAAUCGACACAACUCGCCGCAAGACUGCUGGAUAGCGGUGCACUCGAAAGUGUGGGACAUUACGCACUUUAUCCGUGAGCACCCUGGUGGUCCCUCUGUGCUACUCAAGUGCGCUGGCACCAAUGCGACAGCAUCCUUUGAUGAAGUCCACGCGCCGGAUAUCAUCGAAGAGCUGCCCAAGGACAAGUUCAAAGGCUUCCUCGAGCAACCGAGCCCCGACACGCCCGCGACGCCUCCUGAUAGUGAGGUCUCCUCGCCGCCACCGAGUGAGAAACGGUCCCAGAUGGCCAGCUCGGUCGAUGUGCCUGCGCAACCGGAGGAGGAAGACGUGAUUCCUCCCAUGGAGGCGGUACUGGCAGCCCCUGAUCUGGCGGUCAUUGCGAAAAAGGCUUUGACACCAAAGGCGUGGGCAUUUUACUCUUCUGCCGCCACUGAUUUGAUCACGUACGGCAAAAACAAGGAGCUCGUGCAGAGGCUGAUGAUUCGGCCGCGGGUGCUGCGAAACGUGAAGGACGUGAGCUUUGAAAGGGACAUUCUGGGCUUCAAGAGCAGGGCACCCUUCUUCAUCAGCCCGACUGCCAUGGCGAGGCUGGCGCAUCCGGAUGGUGAGCUGGCGGUGGCGCGCGGUGCCUCGAACGAAGGUAUCAUCCAAUGUAUCUCCAGCAACGCAUCAUACACCCUCAAAUCCAUUGUCAACGCCGCACCCCCCGAGCAACCCUUCUUCUUCCAGCUCUACGUCAACUCGGAACGGCAAAAGACCGCCGAUCUCCUACGAACAGUGCGCGACCUGGGCAUCAAAGCCAUCUUCGUGACGGUCGACGCGCCUGUGCCGGGAAAGCGCGAGGCGGACGAGCGCGCUGCGCAAGCCAUCAAGAUCCGCUCGGCCAUCAGUGGCGGUGAGAGCAGCAAGGACAAGAAGGGAAGUGGUCUGGGACGACUGAUGGCGCAGUACAUUGAAAAGGCGCUGACGUGGGAUGAUCUCGAGUGGAUUCGCGAGACAAGCGGGCUGCCCAUUGUCUUGAAGGGUGUCCAGACAGCCGAGGACGCAAAGUUGGCUGUCAAAUAUGGUGUUGAUGCGAUCAUGCUGAGCAACCACGGAGGACGGUCACUGGACGGGGCGCAAGCGUCUAUCCUCGUUCUUCUGGAGCUGCGCAAGAAUUGUCCCGAGGUCUUUGAGAGUCUCGAGGUGUAUAUUGACGGCGGCUUUGAGCGCGGUUCGGACAUCCUCAAGGCCAUCUGCCUGGGCGCGACAGCCGUGGGCGUUGGACGACCGUAUCUGUACUCAUUGGUGUACGGCCAAGAUGGCGUCGAGCAUCUGACGCAAAUCUUGAAAGACGAGCUUGAGGUGUCGAUGCGCCUCUGCGGUAUCACGAGCCUGGAUCAGGCGAAUCCUUCGUUGAUCAACACACUUGAUAUCGAGCAUCUCGUCACGUCUGGGGACCGGUUUGAACCCAUCUCGAGGAUGCACAGAUUGUCGAAGCUAUAGACUAUGGGAGGGCAGAGCGUGCAAGUUUGUCGUGGAAUGACACUACCAGG